AGAAGAGAACCUACAAACUAGACUUGUAGAUUAAAGCUACCUGACCAAAAAGACAGACUGUGCAAGCCUCCUCAGGACCUAUCUUGGUAUACAGACUGACCCACAAAAGAACUGAGAAUUGCAGCCUGAGAUGGAAAGCAGUAAUUGCAAAGUCAUUGCUCCUCUCUUAAGUCAGAGAUACCGAAGGAUGGUCACAAAAGAUGGCCACAGCACACUUCAGAUGGAUGGUGCUCAAAGAGGUCUUGCAUAUCUCCGAGAUGCAUGGGGAAUCCUAAUGGACAUGCGCUGGCGCUGGGUGAUGCUGGUCUUUUCUGCUUCUUUUGUUGUCCACUGGCUUGUCUUUGCAGUGCUCUGGUAUGUUCUAGCUGAGAUGAAUGGUGAUCUGGAACUAGAUCAUGAUGCCCCACCUGAAAACCACACUAUCUGUGUCAAGUACAUCACCAGUUUCACAGCUGCAUUCUCCUUCUCUCUGGAGACACAACUCACAAUUGGUUAUGGUACCAUGUUCCCCAGUGGUGACUGUCCAAGUGCAAUCGCCUUACUUGCCAUACAAAUGCUCCUAGGCCUCAUGCUAGAGGCUUUUAUCACAGGUGCCUUUGUGGCGAAGAUUGCCCGGCCAAAAAAUCGAGCUUUCUCAAUUCGCUUUACUGACUUAGCAGUGGUUGCUCACAUAGAUGGCAAACCUAAUCUUAUUUUCCAAGUGGCCAACACACGACCCAGCCCUCUGACCAGUGUCCGGGUGUCAGCUGUACUCUAUCAGGAAAGAGAAAAUGGAGAGCUCUACCAGACCAGUGUGGACUUCCACCUUGAUGGCAUCAGUUCUGAGGAAUGUCCAUUCUUCAUCUUUCCACUAACUUACUACCACUCCAUUACACCAUCAAGUCCUCUGGCUACUCUGCUCCAGCAUGAAAAUCCUCCCCACUUUGAACUGGUUGUGUUCCUUUCAGCAAUGCAGGAAGGCACUGGAGAAAUCUGCCAAAGGAGGACAUCCUAUCUACCCUCUGAGAUCAUGUUACAUCACUGUUUUGCAUCUCUGUUGACCAGAGGUUCCAAAGGUGAAUAUCAAGUCAAGAUGGAGAAUUUUGACAAGACUGUUCCUGAACUUCCAACUACUCUAGUCUCCAAGAGCCCAAAUAGGACUGACAUGGAUAUCCGUAUCAAUGGACAAAGCAUUGACAAUUUUCAGAUCUCUGAAACAGGACUGACAGAGUAACACUGAUUCAUGGCAUCCUAUUUUCUAAUGUAUUAAACAUACCCAGCCAGUAUGCAGUUAUUUCUCCUUCACUGUAUCUCAUGUUUUCUUUUUUUUCAAUGCUGAUUAUAUCUCUCUGAUCACAUCAUGAUAAUCAUGCCUAUACCCCCCGACACACAAAAAGGCUGAGCUAAUACACAUCCUGAAAACAACAUUCUACCUUUCAAAGUUUGUAUCUGUGGUUAUCUGCUGAAAUCGAUGUGACUCAACUUGACAGAUACUUACACAGAAAUUUUGCUGGUGAAUUUGUAAGGAUAUGGUAUGUUACCAGUAAUGAAGGGAAAACGGACCAUGAAAUUUAACACAGCUGAACUCUAAGAAAAAUCAACCAUAAAUCUCUCAUUUUCAUCUGUAAAUUGAAGCAGUAUGAUUUCAAACCUAGUUCCCUGGGUGGAAAAAUUAUUUCACAAUAUUUAGUGAACAUCCUUUUACAACUACUAUUUUUUAAAGAUAGCAAAGAUCAUUCCCUCGGUUCUCAGUCUAUAAAACAACUAUAUCAUAUCCUAAACUUUUAAUGGCUAAGAAUGAAAAUUAAAAAUAACAACAGCACAGAUUUAUACAUAGACCUAAAAGCAUUUGAACAUGACUCCCAAACACAUGUACAUAUUCAUAUAUUUGUGACAGAAAGUGAUCAGAAUGAGUAAGAGAAGCUCCAACCCAAACAAAACCUUCAAGGUGAUAUUUUUGGAAAGGAGAUACAAAUUUAUGUGUGCUUUAAAACUCACCUGCAUAAUAAUCAAAUAAUGAUUUAGAACAUAUAACCACUUAUUCAUCUGAAUGGCUUCUAACCUAUGUAAAAAAUUUUCUUCCUACCUAUGACUCAUUCAAUGACAUGAAAAACCAUGAUGGUUCUAAAUAGUUAAUAAAUAUACACAUAUAUUUAAGUUUUUAUAGAUAUAUAAAGGUUUAGUUAGAUACAACUCAACUAGGGAAAAAAAUCUCCGAUAAAGCAAAAAAUAAUUAGGCAACAAAGUAUUUUCAAACCCAAAUUCCUGUUUCCAACAUCAAAUAGUUUUUUCUAUAAACACAAAAUGAGUGUUUAUUCACCAGUAGGAGGUUGGACUAGAUGAUCUCUAUUAUUUCUUUCCAAGUCUAAAGUUCCAUGAAAAUUAUGCUUUUUCUGCCCUGGUUUUCAUUUUAUAUACUAAAAUGAAUACUUUCUCUUAUAUCCAGCUUAAGACAUUUCUUCAAAUUAUUUUCAUUUCAGUUAAAAAAUGAAACUGUCCUCAAGCAAAACAAGAACCAAAAGCAAAGCCCUAUCAGAUUUCAAACAGAUUGUAGUUGCUCUUCUUUUCUGAAAUUUCCCUUAUUCAGGCUCAUGUGGAAAAGUGAAAGAUUAACCUUCCCCACUGGUGAUGACCCAGGCAGGAAUCAUUUCUUGAAAUAAAUACUAGCUGAGUAAAGGCAAGCAGUUGUAAAGAGAAGGGCACAGCAGCAAGUCACAUUUUUCUACUCUUUGACUAAAAGGAAAAGAAAAUAAUGAAGAACUUUGGAGUGGUCUAAAACUGACAAUAGCAGAAGAAUAUCAAGAACACAGGAACGUAAUUAUCACGAACUUUGCUGGUUAAGAAUCUUAGGCAUUCAUUCUUAAGUAGCAGUCAGACCAACAGAUUUUUUUCCCCCAGUCCAAAACUAUUGUAACAUAACAGCAGGAAUUCUUAUUUCAUUUAUAAUAAAUUAACAAGAUUUGCCUAACCUAUGAAAAUAA